AUGCCAGACGCACAGGCGCCUGACUCUCCCCAAGCGCAACCCGAAAGCAAGACUGUCCGCCUACAUAUCACGCCUUUCCGCCCCGAUCUGCUCAAGGUCUACCUGGCACCUUCGGUCCUGCCCCUUGCGCAAAACAUCUCCUACCAUACCGUCGAGACCUUUCCCGAGAAAGGCUUUGGCUACCUGGAGCUACCCGAGGUAGAAGCACAGAAGAUUAAGAAGAAGCUCAACGGCACGAUUCUCAAGGGCUCCAAAGUGCGCAUAGAAAUGGCCAAGCCAGAGAAGCGCAAGGCGCGCGAAGAAGCAGAGGCCGCAAAGGAAGCUCAGGGCGAGGCUGACCGGCCAUCAAAACGCGCAAAGAAGGACAAAAAGGAGAAGAAGGAACGGAAAAAGAAAGAACAAGGGGUCCUGGAGGGCGUUGAAUUACCAGACGACAGAAAGGUCAAGCGUGGCUGGACUGAGCCAGUGACCAAGACCAAAAAGGACAAGAAAGAGAAGAAGGAUAAGAAGGACAAGAGCGACAAGGAGGCAAAGAAGGAGCGCAAGCACUCCAAAUACACCAAGGAGCCGGAGCUGCUCUUCAAGGCAAAGCUGACUCCUGUUGCUGCGACCGAGGUUGCGCUCAAGGACAAGAAGAAGGACAAGAAGGAGAAAAAGGAAAAGAACAAGUCAAAGUCUACAGAGGUUGUUGUGCAUGAGUUUGAGAAGAACACCAAGACUCCUAGUUUUUUGAAGCAGCCCGACGUUGUAAUCUCCAAGAAACCUGCAGUGGAUUAUGUUAAUGGUUUGGGAUGGGUGGAUGAAGAUGGUGUCGUUGUUGAGCCAGAGACCGGAAAGGCGAAAGCCAGGAGAGCUCUGGAGCUGGUAGAUGCGCCUUCGGAAGCUGCGAAAGCAUGGAUCGACGGGACAUCGAAGUCAUCUUCCACGCCCAAGGUCACAAAGGAACAGAAGAAAAAGAAGAAGGUUACGCCCCCGCAAUCUUCUUCUGAAUCCGAGUCGGAAGAAUCGUCUGUCGUUUCAUCCUCAUCUGAAGACGAGGAUUCUUCAGACUCGGACUCGGAAGAGUCGGCUGAAGAGUCGGAAGCCGAAGAAUCAGAAGCCGCAUCACCUGCACCAUCGGCCGUCAAGAGCAAGAAAGCCCCAGAAAAGAGCCAACCCACAGCACCUGCGGAAAAAGAGGUUCACCCCCUCGAAGCCCUAUUCAAGCGCUCAAAGCCCACUGACAACUCCAUCACAACUCCCACCAAAAAGCUCAACCCAAUCGACACAUCCUUUACCUUCUUCGACAACAACGCCGACGUCGACACCUCAGAAGCCACAGGUCAGCCCAUCGAAGACGCCCCCAUCACCCCAUACACCCAACGCGACAUCGAAUGGCGUGGCCUCCGCAGCGCAGCCCCAACCCCAGACACCGCUGCCAUCGGCCGCCGCUUCUCCUUCGACUGGCGCCGCAACAGCCAAGAACGGGACGACGACGAAGAUGACAGCGACCUCGAUGUCCACGCCGAGCACCAGCUUUCCCUUAACACGCGUACGAAUGCUAGUAAGCUCGCUGACGUCACCGAGGAAGAUGAGGGUAUCACUGCAGAUGGUGAGAACGGAGAGGCAGCAAAGCCCGAAAGCGAGUUCAAAAAGUGGUUCUGGGAGAAUCGCGGUGAUUUGAACAGAGCGUGGAAGAAGCAGAGACGCGAUGCGCUCAAGGCGAAGAGGUUGGGUGAGAAUAGGAAGAUGACACGUCGAAUUGUUUAA